AUGUAAUAAAUUUAGGAAGAAUUUGCUAAACUAAAGAUAGAUACAUCUAUAACAGGAUUUAUUCAUUGUUAAGAAUUUGAUAAACACUUCUCAAAUAAUGAACAUCAUGAAAAUCCAUAGAGAACUCAAUCCAUAGAUUAAACCAUUUAAGAUUAUUUAUAAUCAAAAAAUAUAAAAAAAUAAGUGGAACAAUUAUCAUAAUUUAAAUAGUGGUAUUCAUUUUAAUAAAUCAACUAAGCGAUAUCAACCAUUUGAAAUUAGUUUAUGAUUAAAAAUAUAUAGAUUUUGUUGAAGGAUUAUUUAAAGAUGUAGGAGAUAAAAAAAUUACAAAGGAUUUUGUUCAUUUAGGUGAUACUUAUUUAUGCAAAACAUCAGCUAUAACUGCUAGAAAAUGUGUAUAAGCAGUAUUGGAAGGAGUUGAUAAGAUAUUAACAUAAGAAUGGAAAAAUGCCUUUUGCAGUGUUAGACCUCCAGGCCAUCAUAGUGGACAUAAAUCUCAACCAAAUGGUUUUUGUAUUUUUAAUAAUGUUGCUAUUGCUGCAAAAUAUGCAAGAUAAAAAUAUAAUGUCAAUAAGAUAGUGAUCUUUGAUUGGGAUGUUCAUCAUUGUGAUGGAACAGAAGCUAUUUUUUAUGAAGAUCCUAAUACUUUAGUGAUUUCGAUUCAUAGAUAUGAUAAUAAAACUUUUUAUCCUGGCAGUGGGGAUCCUAAUAAAAUAGGAGGAAAAAAUGCAGAAUUUAAAAAUAUUAAUGUUGGUUGGAAUGUAAAUUGGAAAACAGAUGAUGCUCCAGGUUAUGAUGACUACGUUUAUGCAUUUGAUAGAUUAUUAGGUCCUAUAAUCAAACAAUUUGGACCAGAUUUCAUCAUUAUAAGUGCUGGUUAUGAUUCAGCCAUGGGAGAUCCACUUGGUUGUAUUAAAAAUACUAGAGAAGGCUAUUAAUAUAUGACUGAAUAAUUAUCAUAAAUUUGCCCUAAAGUCUUAGCUGUUCUUGAAGGAGGAUACAAUCUUGAUGUCACAGCAGAUUGUGCUUUAGCUACAUUUUAAUAAUUAAUGGGUGUACCUCAAGAAUUUCCAGUUAAUAUUUAGCCUCUUAAAUGUGGACUUAGUGCAGUCACAACUACAGUGGAUAAACAAAAGGAAUUUUGGACUUGUCUUUCUUCAAAAGAAUUAAUAGAAUAUUAAAGAAAGUAUUUCGGAUAAGCAGCUGAUUUAAUAUCUGGAGGACAUUUGUCAGCUUUUGAGAUUAAAGAUAAUUUAAUUAUCAAAACUACAAAAAAGGCAGAAUUCAAAUUCUAUUCUACUUUAACUGACUUGUCUAAUCCUUACUAUGAAGAAAAUUAAAGGCUUAUCAAAUUUUUGCCUAAAUUAAUAUCUUUUGAUGAUAAAACUUGUUCUAUUACUAUGGUAUAAGUUUUCACAUAAUUUAUAGGAAAAUUUAACUUACGGAUUAGAAAAUGGAUCAAUCUUAGAUUUAAAAAUAGGUUACAAAACUUAUCAUCCAAAUUGUUCAGCAGAAAAAAGAAAAAAAGAGAUGAAAAAGGCUGCUCAAUGUGAUUAAAAUUAAAUGGGUUUGAGAGUGGGUGGUAUUAAAAUAAGAGAUCAGAAUGGAGAACUUACUAUCAAUAAACAUGGAUCAGAAGCAUAUCAUUUGAUAAGAAAUGAAAAAUUAAUGAAUGAUUACAUUGAAUAGGUUUUUAGAUCAAAUUUAGCUGAGUAGCCUAAUAGGGAAGCACUCUAAGGAUGCAUUAAAUUUAUCUAAGAAUUAGUUGAAGUACUCCAAACUAUCAAGAGGUGAUAUAUGAUAAAUAAUUUAGAAUGUUUCGAAGUACAUCAAUUCUUAUAAUUGUUGAUAACAUAAGUAAAAAGUAUUAGAUUAAAUGGAUUGACUUCAAUUAUGUAAUGAAAUUAUCUGAUGAUGAUGAAAAUCCAAAAGAAUAAAUGGAUAAUAAUAUAAUAGGAGGGCUUAAAUAUUUAAUAUCAAUGUUAAAAUAGAUAGAAUAGAAAUGA